AUGAACCCAUUAACCGAUCCAGCCGAUUUACUAAUCAUCAUAUUAGAUUUAAAUCCAUCUUCAUGGUCGAAUUUUAAACACCAAUCAACAUCAUCAGAAGAGUUUAUUGAACUCACAUCUUUCUUGGAAACAGUCUUGGUAUUCUCAAACACACAUUUAUCAAUAAGACAUGAAAACUCUUUAGCAAUUUAUGCUUCAAUGAUUGGAACUAGUGAAUUGUUGUAUUCUACUUUAGAAAAUGGGGUUAAGAAUGAUUCGGUUUCGGGGCAUAGAGAUUCUAAUACGUAUCAAACUUUUAGGGUUUUGGAUGAUUGUGUUUCUGAUUGUGUUAAGAAAUUGAUGAAAGUUAAUGAUCAAGAUUUGAAAAGUGGUCAACCUACUGGUACAGUUAAUGCAUUAGCUAAAGCUUUAUGUCAUAUCAAUCGAGUAACCAAAGAAGAAACCCGACCAAAAGAUUCCCUAAAACCAAGAAUCCUAAUCAUAAGUAUUUCACCCGACUCACCCGGCCAAUAUAUUCCCAUGAUGAAUUGUAUUUUUUCAGCUCAAAAAUCUUGUAUUCCAAUUGAUGUUUGUAAAAUCACAGGAGAAGAUGCAGUUUUUUUACAACAAGCUUCUUACUUGACUAAUGGGAUUUAUUAUAGACUUGAAAAACCUAAAGCUUUGAUCCAAUACUUGACUAUGAUCUUUCUUCCAGGUGUAAGUAUACGAAAAUCUUUGAAUUUGCCUCAACAAGAAGAAGUCGACCUACGUGCUGCAUGUUUUUGUCAUCGAAAGAUUAUCGAUCUUGGUUAUGUUUGUUCAGUUUGUUUAUCAAUUUUUUGUACACCUAUACCGGUUUGUUCGACUUGUAGAACUAAGUUUCCGAUGAGUACUUUGAAAAGAUUGAUGGCUACUAAACCGAAAGUGAAAGCUAAGUCUGUUCAUCAACUUGGAUCACAAGUUGGUGCUUAA